AUGCUCGAAAUGCUGAGGCUCGUUGACAAGGGAUCCGAAGAUGAAGUGAUCUGGGCUGGAAGUCUUCGAUACAUCGGAAUAUGGAGAUAUGCUAUGGAAACUUGGGACAAUCAAAUCGCUUGUUUUGUGUCCAAGCCAAGGAGAAACUUUGGAAUCGAGGAAGCGCACGAAGAGGUCAUCAUAUGGGGGGUUGAGGGAGGUGGCGAGGGGCAACGAAGCAACGACAAAGCAAAACCAAGACUGCCAGCCAGCACCUGGUCGGCUGUGAAUAUAUUUAUGUUUUUGGAUCUUUUCAACAUUCCAAAUGCUGAGCAGGCCUACACCAACGCCUUGAAACUAUCUCGACCGGAAGCAUGGUCUCUUGUGACUGGCGCUCAAACUGGAAUUAAGCAACUGGGUGAGCUCGAGCUCAAGCCCCCAUGUAGAGUCACGGAGGAUAUAAAUCUCAUCAUUAAGGCUACUGCAGAGUAUGGCGAGGAAGAAAAUGAAAAAAGGAGCGUGGGACUCGAAAUGUUCUGGAUUAAGAGAAGAGUAAUCAGUCUUUCGUGGGCAUAUCUAAAAGACGGAUUUAAUUCACGGUAG